AUGUCGUCCGUCUCCAGCUCUUCCCGUGGCAGCCGGUCCACGCUAUCCGAGGAGACCGAGCAGAUGGUUUCCUACUGGGAACGCUUCAUGCCGGGACUGAACCGCCAGCCCGAACCACCACUCGACGACUCCCAGUGCGUAGCGGCCACCAACCGCGGCACGGCUAACAGUGGGACCAGCGCAACCGACCAGCGAUCACGGAAGACGAGGCGCUCGUCGCGACCAGACUCCGGCGUUAACCAGUACGGCGUCCCGGACACGGAGUCCCUGAUCGCCGACCGCUCCGUCUCGCGCGAGGGUGAUGUCCAGGUGCCCAGCGUCCACUGGGUGCGCGCCCUGUGUCUGGCGAUGAUGGCGCUCUCCUCGGCACUCUUCAUCGGCGCCGUCGCGGUGGCGCUGAUGCACUCGCUGCCGUCAACUUGGCCGCCACCGCUGCCCAGGGAUGCCAAGGCGCAGGUCACUGCCAUCCGAGCCAAUCCUGGUAAGGGCAACGCGGAAGGAGCUCCGGUUAUCCAGAAUGCGGCAAAACUGGAAAAUGCACUAAGCGGGCCCGUCCGGGUAACAACAAAGGCCGCCACGAAAACCCGUGCAUCUGCGCCUGCGUCCGCUGGCACUGUCCUUCCUGAAGGCGCCGACGUGCCGGGCCCGGUCGCUGAGCCCCGUUCUCGGCACCAGGUCAGACGCUUGAGCUCACCACUCUACCCAGCGUCGUCGAAAAAUGCAGUGAGCAAUAAUGCUGCGCAAUUCGUUCUUAUCGCGAUUAAGUGA